AUGGAUUUCGAGCAUUCUGACUAAUUUACUUAGAGAGUAGAACAAAUAAUAAGGAAUGUAAUAUAUGCAUCUUGACUACAUGUAGUUCUUACAUAUUCCAGAAGAGGACAAUCCGAAUUGGAAGGAGAUUGGUUAAAAAUUGGAUCAAUUUUAAAGUUAGUUGGUUGAAGUAUAAUUGUAUGAAAUGAUUACCUAUUAAAAGGAGCAUCCUCCAAUACAUAAAGUCGAGUUUUGAAGCCAUCCUAGAGCAAUUAUAAUGUGAUUUAGGAGGACCUUAAAUAUAGAGUCUAUCAACCAGUUCACUUAAUCAAUAAAACCAUCCUCUGAAGACUGAUGACUUGAAGGUGAAUGAGAGAAUAAAUCAAAUUGGGUUGAAUGUGUACGAGUUUGAGAAAAACUUAGACAUGAAAAUUGAUUAGCUCAGUGUCAAGGUAGAGAGCAUAAAGAUAGACAGGGAAGAAUUGCAAGAGCAGAUUAAAUCUAUUGAUGGUAUUCUUAUAAAGUUUAUCGAAGCUCGUAUGGAAUCGCAAUGGCAAGGGCUGGCCAAUGUCUCUGAUCAGUUUUGGCAAUUCAAGAAGCAAUUUGAGCCUCUUUUAUUGGGGACGCAACAACAGAAAAAAAAGUUCUCGCUAUUUACAUGA